UACACUAGGAACGUUCUUUAGUUGGUCUACGAUACCUACUGACAACAACAUUUCAUAUUAAACACAACACAAUAACAACAUGUUCAAAUUGCUCAUUCUCUCAGCACUCGUGGCUUAUGCCUCUGCUGGAUUGUACACGGGAUACAAUGGAUAUGGUGGCUACGGUUAUGGUGGAUACGGUUAUGGCGGAUACGGUUUAGGUCAUGGGGUUGCAAUUGCACCGUCUUAUUCAUCGGGACUCGCUUACCAUGCACCUGUAGCGACUAGCUAUGCAAACACAUAUAAGGUCGCUUUGGCUCCUGCGGUGACCAAAGUUGCGGUUGCGGCCCCUGCGGUAACCAAAGUUGCUUAUGCCGCACCCACAAUAACUUAUGCGGCCCCAGCCGUUGCUCCAGCUAUCAGUUAUAGCAGCGGAUACAGUAUCCCACCUUCGGUCACUACUUAUGGCCAUUCUCUUGGAUAUGGUCUGGGAUACGGAUAUGGACUCGGACACGGAUACGGAUACGGAUACGGCCACGGUGGUUAUUAUCAUUGAAACUUAAACCCAAAUGCAUCGAUGAUCUGUCCCGAUCGGUUCUUUCCAUUAACGAAAAAGAUAUCUAUAUUUAUAUAGAUAUAUAUACAUAUAAAAGGAUUGUACAUAAUACGUACGACGACUGAACUCUACCUACCAUCAAGCACUGCCACAAUUACCACCAAACCCAAUCCCCUACCCUCAAAAAAAAAAGAACUAUGUAAAAUAUUUAAUAAUAUAUUAUGCAUGUAAUUAAUUUCCCGUUAACUCUC